ACCAUCCUGGUGGGAGACAGCGGAGUGGGAAAGACGUCUCUGCUGGUUCAGUUUGAUCAAGGGAAGUUCAUCCCUGGAUCGUUUUCCGCAACGGUGGGAAUCGGAUUUACGUGUACCUUUGACCUCUGAGAAUAUAUGAGUGGAUGAAGAGAUUUAAACCUGGACGAGUCACACCUGAUGCAUCUGCUGUAAGAUGUUCACUGCUUGUGUGUUGUCAGAAUAAAGUGCUCGCUGUGGAUGAUCUGAAGGUGAGAUUACAGAUCUGGGAUACGGCGGGACAGGAGAGGUUUCGGAGCGUCACACAUGCGUAUUACAGAGAUGCUCAGGCUCUUCUCCUGCUUUAUGACAUCACCAGCAAAUCCUCCUUCGACAACACGCGGGCGUGGCUUACUGAGAUCCAUGAAUAUGCUCAGGAUGAUGUGGUCAUCAUGUUGCUUGGCAACAAGUCAGACAUGGCCAGCGCUCGAGUGAUCAGACGAGAGGAGGGAGAGAAACUGGCCAGAGAAUACGGAGUCAUUUUCCUGGAGACCAGUGCCAAAACCGGACUCAACGUGGACGAGGCCUUCAUGACGGUGGGAAAGGAGCUGGUGAGACGCUCGGUCCAGCUGCCCGUCGAGCACAGAUUUCACCUUCACGACGUGAUGCCGCCGGAGAAAGAGCCAUCCGUCUGCUGCAGCUUCAGCUAGAAGCUAGAAAACCAGAGAGAACAGGACACUGCAGCAGUCACUCCCGUCACAACCAGCAGAUGGUGCACCUGAUGUCUUCUACUCAUGUUGUGUUUGUCAAAGAUUCUCACAAAACAUCACAGUCACACUCAAGCACUGCAGCUUGAUUUAUUUUUAAGACGGAAACCAGUAGAUAACAUAUUUUAAAGAACCAGAUGUAAAACCAGCUGCCUCCUUUCCUGUUUAAUAAUCUGCCAAAAGAAGUAUUUGUGACCCUGGAGCACUAAACCAGUCUUUAAUGGUCCUUUUUUGAAAUUGAGAAUAAAUAAUCCUUCCAUUGAUGUAUGGUUUGUUAGGAUAGGACAAUAUUUGAAAAUCUGUAAUCUGAGGGUGCAAAAAAAUCGAAAUAUUGAGAAAAUCAUCUUU